CAGGAAGUGGUGCUGGGGCGGAGCUAACAGUGUGUGGUCUCUUCUGAGCAAGGUGUGUCAGGAAUCAGAUGUGUAAGUGACAUCAGCACAUGGACUGUACGUCGGAAGAGAGUGCUCGGAGAACAGAUUCACAGGCCUUGCCGGAACUGGAAGGCUUCCCAGAGGCCGGAGGUGACGAUGGACUCUCUGAAAGCUUCCAACUUCUGCAAAUGGAUGUGCAGUCCGAGCAUGAAGAGGAGACCAGCCCUGCACACAAUAAAGAAUCACACAGUGCCUCAUGGAGCUCGAAAAAUGUGCAAAGAAAACAGAGACACUGGGAAAGGAUAGUCUCCUCAAAGAAGAACAAGAGGAAGCAGGAAAGAGAAAGAAGGAAAGCCAAGCGUGCAGAAGACCCCAGCAACGGCACCUGCCUACAGCACAGCAAACGUUUUUUGAAAGCCUUAACCAAAGAGAAACUUUUGGAAGCCAAACACUCAGGACCAAGACUGUGUGUUGACUUGAGCAUGACCCAGCACAUGUCAAAGAAGGAAUUGAGUAGGCUGGCUGGACAGAUUCGAAGGUUGUAUGGUUCAAACAAAAAAGCCAGCAGGCCCUUUUGGAUCGUUCUUACUGGAUUCUCAGCUGACAGCCCCCUCUAUGAGGAAUGUCUGAGGAUGAAUGAUGGAUUUUCCGCUUACUUGCUAGACAUGACAGAAGAAGACUGCUUUAGCCUUUUUCCUCUGGAAACCCUCGUGUACCUGACUCCUGACUCCGAACACCCCCUUGAAGACAUUAAUCAGAGCACAGUUUAUAUUCUUGGUGGACUUGUGGAUGAGAGCAUUCAGAAGAAGGUGACAUUUCAAAAAGCUCGAGAAUACUCUGUCAAGACAGCCCGCUUGCCAAUCCAGGAAUACAUGAUCAGGCGCCAGAAUGAGAAAAACUACCAUUCAGAAAUACUGGCCAUCAACCAAGUGUUCGAUAUCCUGUCUACUUACUUUGAAACUCAUGACUGGCCUGAAGCAUUGAAGAAAGGCGUUUCUCCAGGAAAAGGCUACAUCCUUCGGAAUUCAGUGGAAUGAUGAGCAGCCUAAGAUUCCAACUGCAGGGGGUGAAGUGCCAGAGGUUCUUGACCAAAGGACAGGACAAGGCAAAGGGUGGAAAUGGCACAUACUUGCCUCUGCAUGCUAUCUCGGAUCCUUGAAAGCCAUGAGUGGCAAGGACCACAUUUUAUGCUAUGUUACCCACAAUGCCUGGCUCACUGGAAAGGCCCUGAUAAACAUUAUGGUUAAAAAAAAGUUUGUGGGGGCUGUAGAGAUGGCUCAGUGGUUAAGAGCACCGACUGCUCUUCUGAAGGUCCUGAGUUCAAAUCCCAGCAACCACAUGGUGGCUCACAACCAUCCAUAAUGAGACCUGAUGCCCUCUUCUGGUGUGUCUGAAGACAGCUACAGUGUGCUUACAUAUAAUAAAUAAAUAUUUAAAAAAAAAAGUUUAUGUUAAAGAAUUGCCAAAAUAUGUCAUUCCAGGUAUUCAUGCUUUGUACAUUCAUCUGUUUGUGAAAGAUCUACUUUUACAGACGUUUAAGUGAUUGUCCGAGCUUUUCAUUUAACUUACAUAAAGAUAUUUUUCUGUCACCUGUCAAUGUGCUGAUUUCACCAGCUCAGACGUACGCUGCAGUAAGCUCUGCCGUCCUAGCCCCACCUGCCAUCCUAGCCCCGCCUGGCCUGCCCUACUUUAAGGCUUUAGAGUACUUUGUUCUUUCUGUGGCCCUCACCUUGUUCUUGUCCUGAUUAUGGUCAUGGAGGGCUCUCCUCUUUCUAGUCUGUGUAAAUAGUUUGUGUAGCCUUGAGCUUAGACAAGCCACAUGCUCUGUACAAAUAUAUACCCCAGGUCUAAUAAAACUGCAAGUUAUUAUUGAUAAAUUCAGCAUAAAGCAGCCAGAAAAAGAUUGCAGCAUUCUGACACACAGCAUACUAAUCCACCUUCUACAACACAAGUACAAGUCUUUUACUUAUGUUCCGAUACAGCCGUCUCAGUUGUCUCCAAUUCUGUUACCUUGGUUAAUCUAGCAAACUUAGAUGUUUUCUGUAUCUCAAAAGAACCAAAAGUUAACCUCUGCCUACUUCCUUCUCCUAUCCCAUUAAAUCCCUUAGGAACUAUCA